CAGGAGCUCUGCUGUAUGAGCUUAUUGUGCGGGCAGUGCGGGGUAGUCCGUCACUGUGACUGGGCUUUUGACUACUGGGGGAAAGGAACGCAGGUCACCGUUUCCUCUGGCGUUCAGACCCCGCCCACCUCUCUCUUCACUGUGUCUGCGUGCACCCCCUCCUCUGAUGGCUUCAUCACAAUCGGCUGUGCCACCAGCGGGUUCUCUCCCCCCGAGCCGCUCAAGUUCUCCUGGACCGGCGACGUCAGCGACGUGCUGCAGUACCCGGCUGUCCAGCAGGGUGGCACCUAUACAGCGGUGACCCACGCUCGCGUCAAGGUCGCUGACUGGGAAGCGGAGAAGUCGUUCACCUGCCAGGCGGACUAUCCAGGCAGUACAACACCUAUUAGCGGCGACGUGAAAAAACCAGUGAAGCCACCUGUGCCUGUGCAGGCUCCAACUCUGCUUCUAACAGCUCCCAUCCAAACGGAAUUAGAAACUGGAGUAGCUACCUUCGUCUGUAUAGCCAGAAAAUUCUCACCUAAAGAACAUACAUUUAAGUGGAUUCGUGGUACUGAGGAUGUCACAGCGCAGGCCCAGCCAACAGUUAUAACCGAGGAGACAACCAAUAUUACCGCAUACACUGCCAUAAGCAUUUUGGAAAUCUCGGCCAGGGAUUGGAUGGACAUGCUUUUCACACUCAAGUGUGAAGUCACGCAUCAGGAUAAGACCUUUACCAAAGAGGCUAAAUAUACACCUGGAUCAGAUGAGGAAACCGAAAAGGUAGAAAUCACUCCGCCUUGCAUCGAGGACAUGCUGGUCCGGGGAGCUGGUGAACUUCAGUGUCAUGCUAAGGGACGUCCAGGUUUCAGGGAUAUCCAGUGGUUGCGUGAAGGUCAGAAAAUCACAUCUGAUGUACAUGGGGAAAAAGGCGGUACUUUUCUCACAGCUACUGCUAAAAUCGACUACGCUGACUGGAGCAAAGGCACAGUAUACACCUGUGAGGUGGAGCACAAAUUAUUCGCCGAAGUCAAAAAGCCAUACACAUACAGUAGAAAAAACGGAGGAGAAAAGACGUGUCCCUCCGUUUACUUACUCGCUCCACCAGAGAACAGUCAGGAGGGAAGCGUGACCCUGACUUGCUAUGUGAAAAACUUCUACCCCAAAGACGUGGUUGUGUAUUGGCUUGCUAAUGAUAAAAUACUGAACAGUACAGAGGACGACUCUAUCGUCUACCAGCACAGAACCUCUUGCCCAAUUGAGACUGAAAAAGAUCGCCUCUAUUCAGUUUACAGCCAGCUGGUUAUCAGCUCUGCAGAAUGGGAGACAGGGACGGUGUUCAGCUGCUUAGUGUACCAUGAGGCCAUUAACCCAACCGUCCGCACGAUAUCCAGAUCACUUGACAAUGCUUCAGGCAAACCCACCGUAGUGAGCCUCAGCAUGAGCGUUCCCUCAACCCCCGGCUGCAUAGCAUACUUAACAACUCAGGAAUGCCUGAUGAAAGAGCUGUUCUGGAAAGAGGCCAAUGAGACAAAUUUGUCAGUGGAGACAGAAGACAGUAAUAUGGAGAGCACUGCCUUAACAUUUGUCUUUCUCUUCCUCAUCACCCUGAUCUACUGCAUUGGUGCCACUCUUGUGAAGAUAGCUGCGGUUGUAGUGGAGCCCAACAUCACUGUGCUGAGUAAAGAAGAUGAAAACAGCAUUACGCUCUUCUGCUUGCUGGAUGGUUUUUCUCCUGACAUAAAAAAAGCAAUGUGGUUCGUGGAUAUGAAGGAAUUGCCUACAACAGAGAGAACUUUAAAAAGUCAAGGUCAGAAAGAAGGAAAAACAGUAGAGAUCUUCACUCACAUUAGUGAAUUACACAUUGGUGCAGAUCAGCUGGAGAACGAUAUGGAGUACACCUGUCAGGCAAGCCACAAUUCCAAAAACUAUACUGCAACCUGGAGCUACUGCAAAGCUCGUCCAUCAGCCAAACCACUGAUACAUCUGAAGAAACCUCAUCUCUCUGAUCCGUCGCUACAGCCAAGUGCACUAGUAACAGCUUCUUGUGUUGUUGAAGCUGCGCCAAACUCCAAAGUUUCAUGGCUUUUGGAUGAAAAGGAGAACAAAAACACCAGUACAGAGAAAAAAAACCAACAACCCAGCAGGAGCACUGAGCUCACUGUUAGCAACCUGACUCUGUCAGCAACAGACUGGGAGCAACAUCACAAAAUAACAUGCAGGGUUAAACAGCCAUGUGAUGAGAAACCUGAAGAGAAAACUGUUGACAUUAUAGAGUUUGGGGUGAAAACUCCUAUAGUGGAGAUCCGGAGGCCUCUUGCAAAAGACAAACUGGAGGAAGAUGCUGUUCUGGAAUGCUCCGCGAGAGAUGUUCCCUCUGGUGAGCUUUCUGUCUCCUUCCAGGUCAAUCAAACUUCACUAGCUCCAUCUCAGUAUGUGGAUCUGCCCAAAGGCCACCACUCUCUGACCAUAAGCAUCACUGUUCCUACCGAACACCACAAGAAAGCUACCAACUUCAGCUGUAAGGUUCAACAAAGCCCUUCCAAGCAUUGGACAUCAAAAAACACUGCAAAUAUCUUUGGUGACCCUUCUGUGGAACUCUUAUUGGAUCCCAGUGUGAGGAAAUCAGGACUACAGAAACUUUUGUGUACUGGAACUGGAUUUAAACCAAAGAUCACAUGGCUUACCAACUCUGGAAAUAGAACUGAUAACUCUAGUAAAGCCACGAUGCAAGCGGAUGGACGCAUGAAAGUGUUCAGUGAGAUGGAUGUGUUGCUGGAAGAGUGGAACGAAGGGAAGGAAUUUACCUGCUCUGUCAAUGAUCUUCAGGAAACAACCCAGAAGAAAAUCAGUGACUGUGCAGCUCAUCUAUCAGCCAAACCACUGAUACAUCUGGAGAAACCUCAUCUCUCUGAUCCGUCGCUACAGCCAAGUGCACUAGUAACAGCUUCUUGUGUUGUUGAAGCUGCGCCAAACUCCAAAGUUUCAUGGCUUUUGGAUGAAAAGGAGAACAAAAACACCAGUACAGAGAAAAAAAACCAACAACCCAGCAGGAGCACUGAGCUCACUGUUAGCAACCUGACUCUGUCAGCAACAGACUGGGAGCAACAUCACAAAAUAACAUGCAGGGUUAAACAGCCAUGUGAUGAGAAACCUGAAGAGAAAACUGUUGACAUUAUAGAGUUUGGGGUGAAAACUCCUAUAGUGGAGAUCCGGAGGCCUCUUGCAAAAGACAAACUGGAGGAAGAUGCUGUUCUGGAAUGCUCCGCGAGAGAUGUUCCCUCUGGUGAGCUUUCUGUCUCCUUCCAGGUCAAUCAAACUUCACUAGCUCCAUCUCAGUAUGUGGAUCUGCCCAAAGGCCAGCACUCUCUGACCAUAAGCAUCACUGUUCCUACCGAACACCACAAGAAAGCUACCAACUUCAGCUGUAAGGUUCAACAAAGCCCUUCCAAGCACUGGACAUCACAAACCACUGGAAAUAUCUUUGGUGGCCCUUCUGUGGAACUCUUAUUGGUUCCCAGUGUGAAGAAAUCAGGACUACAGAAACUUUUGUGUACUGGAACUGGAUUUAAACCAAAGAUCACAUGGCUUACCAACUCUGGAAAUAGAACUGAUAACUCUAGUAAAGCCACGAUGCAAGCGGAUGGACGCAUGAAAGUGUUCAGUGAGAUGGAUGUGUUGCUGGAAGAGUGGAACGAAGGGAAGGAAUUUACCUGCUCUGUCAAUGAUCUUCAGGAAACAACCCAGGAGAAAAUCAGUGAUUGUGCAGUGACUGCACCUUCCGCUCCGUUGGCGCAGGUAUACCUGUUGGGUCCUUCACUCAGUGACAUGAGGUCAGCUGAUCAUGUGCCUCUGACCUGUCUGGUUAUUGGUCACAGGGUCACGGACUUCUCUAUUGCUUGGAAAGUAAAAAAGGUCGUACAGUCUCAAGGUAUAACAACAGGACCCCCUAAAGACCACUCUAAUGGCACCCAGAGUGUACAGAGUAUUCUGAGGUUAUCAGCCUCAACAUGGAAUGAACAUGCUGAGGUCUCCUGUGAAGUAAACCAUCGGUGCUCCAACAAAACACAGGAUCACAACAUUAUAAAAGUCAGAGAAACCAAACUCCCAACUGUCCAAAUUCUCAGGCCCAGUAACACUGACCUGUAUGCUUCCCAUAACUCCACUCUUCUCUGCCUGAUCACUGGGUUCUAUCCUGCUGAUAUCUCCGUCCACUGGGAGCUGGAUCAGAAGAGGCUGGAUGUGUCUCGCUUCACUAAUAGUCCUGUGGGCCCUCAUUCUGCUGGCCAAGAUUUCUCCAUGCACAGCGCACUGACAUUACUAGCAUCAGCGCACGAGCAUGGGACAUUUUCCUGCGUAAUCAACCAUCAGUCAUCCCUAACCCCAAUCAUCAGCAAGCUGGUCAACUUAUAUGAAAUUACUGAACAGAGUAUAUACUUCAACGAGAACAUGUCUGAAACCACCACAGAGGACAUGGCUGCAGAAACCUGGAACAUGACGUGUGCCUUCAUCGCACUCUUCCUCAUCGCUCUGAUUUACGGAUUCUCAGUCACUCUGGUCAGAGUGAAGGUGGAGUGAUCAGAUUGAGUGAUGCAGUCGGAAAUUCAGUAACGUAUUAAUGCUGUGAAGAAGGCUCUCUGAAUCUCUGAAUGAAAUGAAAAAAAAAAAAAAAAAGGAAAUCAAUGCGCUCA